AGUAGUAGUAAUAAUGUCUACUGUCGAUUCAAUGACCUCUUUUAAUCUAUCCAAUGGUAUGUCCAUACCAUCUGUAGGGUUUGGUACCUAUAAAGUGGGGUAUACUCCUACUGGGGAGAGGAUAGGUAGAGAUGGUAAAGAUGUUAUCAUAGAUGCAAUCAAGGCUGGAUAUAGGCUUUUCGAUUGUGCAUCCUUCUAUGGUAAUGAAAAGGUAGUUGGUGAUGGGCUCAUAGCUUCUGGUGUACCCAGAAAGGAUCUAUUUAUAGUGAGUAAAGUAUGGCCUGAUAAAGUAUAUCUUGGUCAUGAUGCUAUCAUAGAGCAAUGUAAGAAGACUCUUAAGGAUCUGCAAACCUCCUAUCUCGAUCUUUAUCUUAUACAUUGGCCAGUACCAGGUAAGUUUGUAGAAGCCUAUAGGACGUUACAGGAACUGCAACAGUCAGGCUUAGUAAAGGCUAUCGGCCUUAGUAACUUCACUAUUGAGGAUUAUGAAGAGUUGAUGGCAUCACCUGGUGUAAGAGUAGAACCAGUUGUUAAUCAGAUAGAGAUCAAUCCAUUGAUAUACCGUAAGAAGACUAUCGAGUAUUUCCAAUCAAAGGGUAUGACCCUCCUAUCAUGGAGAGGUCUUGGUAAAGGGGUCCUAUUCGAUGAUCCUCGUAUAAUGACUAUAGCACAAGAGUUGGAUAUAACUCCAUCACAGGUUAUUGGACGAUGGUUGAUACAACAUCAUAUAGUGCAUAUACCUAAGACCCAGAAUGUCGAUAGGAUGAAUAAUAAUCGUCAAUUAUUCUCAUUCUCUUUGAAUGAUGACCAGAUGAGUGUGAUAGACUCCUUUGGAUUGAGUGAUGAUGUCAUAAAUAAAUUCAAACAGGACUACAUGUCUACUACUGUAAAGGACACCCCUCUGUCAUUAUCUAAUGCUCGUCAACAGUUCACUUGUGAGUAA